AUGCAUUUACCUCCACACUGGGCAAUUUGUAAAAUGGCGUACAAAGUUGGGUUACUGCUGGCAACACUCCUUGUUGGGAGUUUAGCUUUCCCGAAACGGUAUGCCGAUGUAUCCACGCUGUAUGGACACUCAGAUCCGACGGGGCGCAUCGUAGGCGGGUCCGUGGCACCUGAAGGCAGCAUUCCCUACAUGGUGGCGCUGACCAACGGCCUGCUGUUGCGCAGCUUCCUGUGUGGAGGCUCCCUCGUGAGCACCCGUCAUAUCCUUACUGCUGCCCAUUGCAUUAACGCUGUCUUCUCUUUUGGAUCACUGAGCAAUACGCUUCGUGCAACUGUGGGCACCAACCGUUGGAACCUCGGUGGAACUAACUACAACAUAGCAAGGAAUAUCACCCACCCCAACUACGUGCAGGCGGCCAUCAAGAACGACAUUGGUCUACUGGUUACCUCCACUAACGUUGCCCUCUCUAACACGGUGGGGAUCGUCGCCUUGAACUAUGAUUUCAUUGGUGCCAAUGUCGCUGCAAGAGUUUCCGGAUGGGGUAGAAUUAGACAAAACGGUGCGCUGUCUGCGGAACUCCUUCAACUAACCAAAACCACAAUAGACGGCUCGCUCUGUGUCAGUGAAGUGGCUCGUAUUGCGAACCAGUUCAACAUCAAUGCCCCACCUGUGGAGCCGCACAUUGAACUUUGUACCUUCCACUCCAUAGACCAUGGCACUUGCAACGGUGACAGUGGCAGCCCACUGGUUCGAGUAGACAACAACCAGCAAAUCGGUGUAGUGUCUUGGGGAGUGCCUUGUGCGAGAGGUGCACCAGACAUGUACUCACGUGUCAGCGCCUACGGGACCUGGCUGCAACAAAAUAUUGUAUAA